UGUUUAGUGCAGAGCAGCAGCACUGUUGUGUGAGCCUCUCCUCUGCAGGCUCAGAAGAAUGGCCCUCAUCAGGAUCCUGAUUGCUGGGGGGCUGCUGAGCUGCCUCUACUCUCUCUGCUCCUCCACAGGAACACACAAGCCGUCUUUCAUGGUGACCUUUCCUGCCCUGAUAAGGUCAGAGUCAGAAGCCCAACUCUGUGCCAGCCUCCUCUGUCCAAAUGAGACUCUGCUCAUGUCCAUAUAUCUGACUAAUGGAGACGAGAAGAAGCUUCUUCACCAGGAAACAUCAGACAAGGACUUUCACCGCUGUUUCCGAUUCCAGGCCCCUUCGGUAAAUAAACACUCUGUGCAGAAGAUCAAAGUGGAGGUCAAAGGGCAAACAUCUCACUGGACUUCAGAGAGUCUGGUUAAGUUCAUCCCUGAACCUGCUCCCAUCACCUUCAUCCAGACAGAUAGACCCAUAUACAGUCCAGGCCAAACAGUGCACUUCAGAGUGGUCACCAUGGACACCAGUUUCAUUCCGCUCGAUCAGACCUACCACACGGUGUCACUGACCGACAGCCGUGGCAACACCAUUGGCCAGUGGCUUAAUGUGACGUCACGGGGCAAGAUAGUGCAGCUCUCUCACGUCUUAAACCCUGAGGCGUCCCAGGGCCACUACAAGCUGCUGGCCCACACACACACACACCUCCGCCAACCACUGCAGGGGUUCCAGGUGCACAAAUAUGUUUUGCCCAAGUUUGGCGUGACAACUAAGGUCCCAGAGAAGAUCAGUGUUGGAGCAGAAGAAGUCACACUAGAAGUGUGUGCAAAAUACACAUUUGGCCAGCCGGUGCCGGGGAUGGCCUCAAUGUCAUUGUGCCGAGAUGCUGAUACAAUGGACAAUAUUGAAGAUGGUGAUCAUCGUGCAGAAGGCAUCUGUCUCACGGACUCAACUGAAAUGAACAGCUCUGGGUGUGCCUCCUUCACUGCACGUGUGGCUGAACUUACACAAGCUUCCUUUGCAAUGAAACUGAGGGACAUUCUUACUUUCAACGUCACUGUGGCUGAAGAAGGAACAGGUAUCAGUAGGUCAAAAGAAGAUUCUGUUUUCAUAGACUACUCCCUUGGGAAAGUCGUGUUUGAUGAAAUACUGACACGUAUUGAGGAAGGGGCAGUGAUGAAGGGCAAGGUGAGAGCGACGCAUUACAACGGAACAGGAACCGCCCACAAGACUGUCCAUCUGCUGAUGCGCCGAACCCCCGACUGGGAGUCAGUGGUGCUGCAGAACCUGACCACAGACUCUGCUGGACUGGCCCAGUUCUCUCUCAACACGGCUCCUUUCCCCGGGGACUUUGACAUCAUCGCAAGCCCCUCUCUAGAAAACCAUGUGUCGUAUCGUACCCCAUACUAUGACUCGGAGUCUAAGUCUGUCUUCAGACUGAGACCUGCAUCUUCACACACAGCUACAUCCAGCUCUGUGACCAUAAAGGCUAUAGAUGAGCCUCUUCAGUGUGACAAAGACACACCCAUCAGCAUUAAGUACACCUUCACUGGGGAGACAUUCAACACAGACUCUGUGGAUAUCAUUUAUAUGGUUUUAUCCAAAGGAGAGAUUGUUCACCAUGGCUUCACUAAGGCUUCAGUGAAGGGUUCCCAACCGGUCAUUAUGGGUGAGGUGUCCUUCAAGCUGCCUGUCAGUACUGGGAUGGCCCCCUCAGUGCAGGUUCUGGCCUACUGUGUCUUACCCAGUGAGACGGUCCUGGCUGAGAGCAGAACCUUCUCAACUGAGAAGUGCUUCAGAAACAAGGUGUCGCUGCAGUUCUCGCCCCCUAAAGCGGUUCCUGGAGAGAAGAGCUCCCUGCAGCUGUCAGCUCAGCCUGGCUCUCUGUGUGGCCUCAGUGCUGUGGAUCAGAGCGUCUUAAUCCUGGAACCAGGGAAGCGCCUAAAUACCGAGAAGAUCUUUGGGCUGCUCCCUGUCUUGGAGUCUCGAGUGAGUUACGACGUGGAGGAUCCGGUGACGUGCCUUCCUGUGAGGCCCCGGCGGGACGUCAUGCCUGACCAUUCUAUUGGCUCACAGGAUGGGCCAAUAGCAGCUUUCAAGAGCCUGGGACUGAAGACUAUAACCAACCUGGCCAUGAGGACUCCUGACUGCGUUCUCUAUAAGGGAGUGACGUACCGAAGGCGAUAUGGUAUCUAUGAAAUGGAAUAUGAUUCUGUGGAUGCUUUGGAUUCUGCACCUAAAUCUUUGCUUGAAGACACUCCGGUGCAGACGGUUCGUAAGUUGUUUCCAGAGACUUGGAUCUGGGACCUGGCUGAGGUGGGAGAGUCUGGAGAAACACAAGUCCCUCUCACUGUCCCUGACACCAUCACCACCUGGGAGACUGAGGCUUUCUGCCUGUCCCCCCAGGGCUUUGGUCUGGCCCCACCAGUUCAGCUCACAGUUUUCCAGCCCUUCUUCCUGGAGCUCUCCCUGCCAUACUCCAUCAUCCGUGGAGAGACCUUUGAGCUCAAAGCAACGGUUUUUAACUACCUGCCAAAGUGCAUCAUGGUUACAGUGACUCCAGCCCCUUCAUCAGACUUCACUCUGACCCCCUCCUCUGGUGGCCAGUACUCCUCCUGUCUGUGUGCAAAUGGCAGGACGACCUUCAAAUGGACACUGGUGCCCUCUGUACUCGGAGAGGUGCCGGUGACUGUGAGUGCUGCAGCUGAGCAGUCCCAGACUGGGUGUGGCAAUGAGGUGGUGACUGUCCCAGAGAGAGGUCGCAUAGACACAGUCACACGCCCGCUCAGGGUGAAGGCUGAAGGAACCGAGAAGACUGAAAGUUUCAGUUGGCUCUUAUGUCCAAAGGGGGGCGCUCUAACAGAGGAGGUGGAGCUGAAACUCCCGUGGAAUAUAGUGAGGGGAUCAUCCAGAGCUUCAGUUUCUGUGCUGGGAGACGUCCUGGGUCGCGCUCUGAAGAACAUUGACAGUCUCCUGAAGAUGCCAUAUGGUUGUGGGGAGCAAAAUAUGGCCAUCCUCUCCCCAAAUAUCUACAUUCUGCAGUACCUACAGAACACUAACCAGCUCACUGCAGACAUCAGGGAGAGGGCCACCAAUUUUCUCAAGAGCGGAUACCAGAGGCAGCUGAACUACAAGCACAGUGAUGGAGGCUACAGCACGUUUGGCAGAGGGGAGGGAAACACAUGGUUGACUGCAUUUGUGUUGAGAUCCUUUGGUAAAGCAAAGUCCUUAAUCUACAUCGAUCCACAAAUUAUUACGGAUGCAAAGACUUGGCUUGAAGGAAGACUUAGACCAGAUGGCGUCUUCCAUAUGCAGGGGAAACUCUUCAACAACAGAAUGAAGGGCGGUGUAAACGACAAUGCAACAAUAACUGCUUACAUCACUGCAUCGAUGCUUGAGCUGAACAUGUCUGUUACGGAAAAAACGCUGACAUUUCUAAAGUCCUCGGUCAGUGACCUCUCCAACACCUACUCCACUGCUCUACUGGCCUACACCUUCAGUCUCGCUGGAGAAGAGGACCUGCGAGCUCAACUUCUGAAACACUUGGACAGUGUAGCAACCUCUGAUGGGAGUCUCCUGCACUGGUCUCAGUCCUCAUCAGAGCGAGCUGAUUCCCUGGCGGUGGAGACGAGCUCUUAUGUGCUGUUAGCUGUUCUCAGUAAAACCACACUGACUGCUGCUGAUUUAGGGUAUGCUGCCAGGAUUGUCAACUGGCUGGUGAAGCAGCAAAAUCCAUAUGGAGGCUUCUCUUCCACACAGGACACGGUGGUGGCACUGCAGGCUCUGGCUCUGUACGCCACCAAGGUCUUCAGCCCACAUGGAUCCAGCACAGUGACUGUGCAGUCAGCAGGUGGGGACAAACACCAGUUUGACGUGAACCAGCACAACACAUUACUGUACCAGGAGAGGGCGCUGCAGGACGUUCCUGGGAAGUACAGCGUAGAAGUGAAGGGCUCUGCAUGUGCUUCUGUGGGGGUGGCUCUUUUCUUCAACAUCCCCACUCCCACUGAGCACUCAACCUUGAGUAUUAAGACUCAAGCCAAGCCUCUGACUGAGGGAGAGUGCAACAAGAUCAAUGGACAGGCCUUCAACUUAGACAUCACAGUCCAGUAUGAUGGACCACAGGAGAGCACCAACAUGGCUAUAAUUGAUGUGAAAAUGUUAUCUGGUUUCACACCUGACUCUGCCUCUGUUGAAAAGCUAGAGGGCAGCAUGCUUGUGGACCGAGUCGAUAAGAAAGAUGACCACAUCCUUGUGUACCUGUCAGAGGUUCCGAAGGGUCUACCUGUCUCCUACCACCUGACUAUCCGACAGCAUCUCCCAGUGAACAACCUGAAGCCAGCAGUGGUCAAGGUGUAUGACUACUACCAGACCAGUGACCAAGCUGAGGCAGAGUACUCCUCCCCUUGUGCAUGAGAAGGUGUCCCAAUGUAUUGAAUCUAUGUGUGUGUGUGUGUGUGAACGAACUUUGUUUUGUUUAUUCAUCACAACAGACAGGGCUUCAAAUAGAAAUAAUAAUUUUAAAAAGUAUCUGUGUGAAUAAAUGUGAAUUUCAUGAUGACAAA